GGAUUUCAAAGAAUGUCCCAGCCGAGAUGCAGCCAGAGCGUCACUGGUCCCCCCACGCUGUACAGCCCAGCCUUUUUUUUUUUUUUUUUUUUUUUACAACCGAGACUGAUGUUGCUGGCUUCUCGGGGAGCAGCUGAGGGAAUAUCCAGACUCACCGCCGGAGAGAAGAAGAGAUUCUGAGACCUGGAGUGCACUGCCAGUUGAAUCUUCUGAUGUAUUAAAGGGCUGCUUCGUUCCCUGAGCUCAGAGCAUGUCGAGGAGAAAGGUGAAAGGCCUGACCCGUACGGGGCGCCAGGUCAGCGAGGACCCGGACCUGGACAGCCUGCUGUCCACGCUCUCCCCGGAGGACAUGGAGGCACUUGAGAAGGAAAUUGAGACGGUGCCGGAUCUCAGGCCGGAGGAUGGGAAGAUCAUCGUGGAGGUGGAGAGCCUGCCGGCGGCCCGGAGCGGCGCCCGCGACCAGAAACUGGAGGGUGACCCCAGAGGGAAGAGGGAGUCGUCGCUUGAGGGUGAGCUAAAGAAGGAGAGUCGGAAGCAAGACUACCUGAGGAAAAUGGGUCUCAGUCAAGAAGGGGAGGAGGACUCCACAACCAGUUCGCAGAAGCCAGCAAGGGUUUCAACUGGAAGAGAUGCAAAGGUGGAGGAUGGAAGGAACAAAAGUUUGGAGGUUGCUAAAGGAGAGCCGAGUCGGCUAUCUGGUCGAUACAGGAGUCAUGAGAGCAGAGAGAGCGAUGGACCCAAGGAGAAAGACAAACAAGAGGAUAAUAAACUCACUGGCAGAAGAGAGACCAGAGAGAGCAGCAAAACCAAAGACAUGAUCUCGAAGCUACAGGAGAAGAAAGAGGGAAGUAGAGAGAGAAAAGAGGAGAGCAGGAGAAGGGAUGACAAGAAAACUAAAGACAUCCUGUCAAAGUUUGAAGCAAAAGGCGAGGAACGGAAAGAAAAGGAGAGGAAACCGGACAUCAGGACACAAGGACGGGUGUCUCAGAUGUUGGAGAAGCAGAACAAAGAGAGUAAAGCGGAAGAGCGGAAGACCAAGCCAGAGGAGAAAAAAUGUGAGGAUAAAAACAAAGCUGAGGAUAAAAACAGCAAGAUGGUUGAUCAGUCAGUGAAGCAGGACAAGGCGGAGAUAAGAACAGACAGAGAGGAGCUGGUCAACCACAGUGACCACGGGAAGGAAAAAGAGAGGAAGACAAGAGAGGAAGAAAGAAGGGAGGAUGUAAAGGCUGCAAAGUUGGAUGAGACCGGGAAAGUUGGAAACUGUUUGGACAAAAAAAACUCAAACCAGAAGGUGAAAGAGGAUGAAGAGGAUGAUGAAGAUUCCAGCAUGUUUGAUGAGCUGAUGGAGCAAGUUCAUAGCAACGACCCGACCCUCACCGAGCUCAACGUCAACAAUUCCGAGGUGAUCAAGACCAAGACGCUCAUCGAGUUUGCCCAGGCGCUACACAAAAACACUCACAUCACGAAGGUGGCCUUGGCUAACUGCAGGGCCGACGACCACGUGGCCUAUGCCUUUGCCGGCACCCUCCGUGCCAACCGGCACAUCACCAGCCUCAACGUGGACUCCAACCAUCUCACGGGCAAAGGCAUCCUGGCCCUCAUCCAGGCGCUGCAACACAACUCCACCCUCACUGAGCUCCGCUUCCAGAACCAGCGCCACAUCUGCGGGGGGAAGACCGAGAUGGAGAUGACCAAAAUCCUGAAAGACAACACCACCCUGCUGAAGCUGGGCUACCACUUUGAGCUGGCCGGACCACGAAUGACCACAACAAACAUCUUGAGUCGCAACAUGGACCGGCAGAGACAAAAACGCCUGCAGGAGCAGAAGCUGGCUCAAGCUAACGGGGACAAGAAGGAGACGCUGGAGGUGCCUAAAAACAGCGCAGGAGGAUCUCUCCGAGGUUCCCCCAAGGCUUCCCCCAAACCCUCCCCCAUCCCGUCACCAGUUCCUUCACCCAAAUUGACUCCUAAAGGACGAGGCGUUGGUGCGCCACCGCCUCCUCCGCCGCCAACUGGUCUGGGACCCCCUCCUCCUCCACCUCCAAUGCUGGACAUAGACUCUUUGAGAAACUCUCUGACUCCAGUGUCUCAGAGGAACCUGAAUGGAAAAGGCACCGGGGGGAGCAAGAAUUCAAGGGACCAACUUCUCGCCUCCAUCAGAGGAAGCAACAUCAAACAACUGAAAAAGGUGCCGGUGCCCAAGUGGCUACAGUGACAUUGACUAGUUACAUUACAGAGAGGGAGGACUGUUGCGCAUCACAAUGUGGGACGAACGGAGAUAUCCAUCGCCGAAUGACACCGUCACAAUGAGUUCUCCCUUCAAACACUGGACCAAAAGGACUCUGGAGAAGGAGUGAUGCAUUUCGUCUGUCUGACGCUUCGCUGGUUAUUUGCACUAAAGUUAUACAGUCCCCGUCAUGGCAAGUCUAUCAAGGACACAGCCGGUCGUCUGCAUUUAUUUAUUCGUGGAUUAGAAAUCCACCAAAUUCAAACUGGGAGAAUCAGGGAAACAAAAGUGGCUGCCUGUUUUUAAAAGUACAUUUGUCGACACCUCAGGCAGUAGCACAGUAAAGAAAACACAAAUAGAGUUUAGUGGAUCUCGCUCCUCUGUAUCUAUGCAUUGUUUUUUUGGUAAUCCAGUGGCCUUGUGCAAUCAUAUGACAUUCAAAUCCAUCUUCAUAUCAAACCCUCCUGUUGCUUUCUGCCAUGCUUGUAAGUCAUUUCCAUGUCUGACCUCCCCUCAAACGCUUCACUUUGACCCACCUCACCUGUGAGUUGUUUCUUUUCUCUGACACCUUUUUUUCCUCUGCAAACCUACCAAAAAAGAGGCACCUCUCAUUGUUGGUUUAGUAAUUUGACAAUAUUUUUUAAAUAAACUUUGACUUUUGUUUGAUUUUUGUGUGCAUAACUGAUUCUUUGAAGUCCAUUUUCUCUCAAACAAAUCCUUGCAUAUUUUAAACUAAAUUAUUUGUACAAGCUUGUGUGUUAGUGGAGCUUAUUUAUAUUAAUCUUUGCUUCCUGUUAUGUCUUUUAUUUGAUUUAUUUGAUGCAUUUGUGUGUGUGUGUGUGCGUGUGUGGUCCUUAUCGUUGCCUUAAACUAUGAAUCAUUGAUUGAUGUGUUUGGCAUUUUCCAGUAUUUAUGUUUACUCGUACACAUAAUUAUGCUUGCACUCAUAUCUCUAUGCCGGUGGGGACCUCUCAUGACUGUAAUGCUCUUUCUAGCCUCUCACCCUAAACCUAACCAUCCAAAACAAAAACAAACUUGAACCCAAUUCUUAUGAUCCUCAAAUUGAGGAUCAAAAAUGUCCCCAGUAAACAAAAUAUUCCAACAAGUAGGUGUGUUUCCAAGAAUAGGUCCCCACAAGGAUGGCCUUACAACAGCACACCUAUAAGAGUUCAACGGGGUUCCCCAAAGGUCUGUGCAAGGUCCUCCACUUUUUUUAAAAACCAUAUACUACACACAUAUUUCAAUCACUCAAUUACUUUUUUAUUUUCAAAUACACGCCGAUGACCCACAACCAAUUUUCGCUCGUCCUCACUUUGACUAUCUCCUGGUGGGUUUCAGCGAUCUCCAACACCACCUGGACACGAACAAGCUGUUGUCCCCUUGGUACCACCUCGGACAACUCUAUGGUCUCCCCUCCACACACUGCUAAAGAGCUGGGCGUGGCAC